AGAGGAAAUAAAACACGACGGGAUAGCCGCGCAGCCGUUGUAGUUUCGGAGACCGGAGGCGUGUGGGCCCCAAGCUUGCGGUGCUUCUCCGGAGCCCAGGCUUCUGCUCAGGCUCGUAGGUACUGUCAUGUGAACGUACCCGAGGGGCUCCUGAGAGACCUGUUACCAGGACCAGUGACCCUGGUGAUGGAACGCUCGGAGGAGCUCAAUAAGGACCUGAACCCCUUCACUCCCCUUGUAGGCAUACGGAUUCCUGACCAUGACUUCAUGCAGGACUUGGCCCAGAUGUUUGGGGGGCCACUUGCUCUCACCAGUGCCAACCUCAGCUCCCAGCCCAGUUCUCUGAAUGUGGAGGAGUUCCAGGACCUCUGGCCUCAGCUGUCCUUGGUAAUCGAUGGGGGACCAAUUGGGGAUGGCAAGAGCCCCAAGUGUCGCCUCGGCUCAACUGUGGUUGACUUGUCUGUGCCUGGAAAAUUUCGCAUCAUUCGUGCAGGCUGUGCCCUGGAAAACACUACGGAUGUCCUCCAGAGGAAGUACGGGCUGCUCCCUCACAGGGAUCCUGCUGAGACUUGAGAGGCAGAAGGGCCCAGGGACUAAUGCUGGACACUACGUUUCUUGUCUACCAGUGGAUGGCCAGGCCUCACUUGAGAGGCCACUGGGGCCACAGCGUCACUAGUCUGACUUUGAAGGCAGCUUAUCUUUAAGAGCACUGUAACCAGGCCCCAGAAGAAGCUGGUUUAGCUUCACACCUGGGGAAGGGGGCUAUAUUUAUUGUCUAUAAUUUCAUGUCAGCCAAAAGCUGAAUAGAGACUUUAAGAACAUUCCUAGGA